ACAAGCUAAUGAAGGCUCGUUACUCUAGCCUGAUACGCGUUCAUGGCGGCUACUACAACUCGACAAAACUUCAGAUAACCUGCCAAUACUUAGACUUCCCACAACACAACCACGGAGAAACCCCACAUAAAUCUGGCUCAGUAAUAACUCUUCUAAUUAGGACAUCUCGAUCGUUUCAAUUCGACGAAAAAAGACAACUGACUGAAGAUCUCGUCAUUGCUUCGUUUCCACACAAUAGAUCUCAUUGUCAGUCAGAUUGUAACGCCGAGGCUCGAGGAAAAGCUAAUUUAAUUCCAUUCUACGGGGACAAGGACUACAAUAUCCAAGGCCGGAAAUUGGUUGUUUCUUUGACGACAAUUCUACCUGCGUGGUGUAUUUCCCACUUCAAGUUUUCCACUAUACAAAAGACAUAAUAUUUUGAGUUACGACAGUUCCUUUCACGCUAAUACAUGUUAACCGCAGUUGAAUUCUAGUUCCUGAAGAGAAGCCAUUUCAUAAUAUUGGAUUCAUCGACUGGUCAUAAUUAAGCCUAAGAAUUGUGGGCUCUGUUCAAAUAUUAUUAUUGGAUUUGUGCAGAAGGAGAGGGAAUCACAGUUGAGUUUUUGACAUAUGUUUUGAAUCUUCGUCUUGUCGCGGGUGAUUUCCACAUUUGAGAGAGGUCUGCGUUGUUUAUCAUGUACCGCGGCUUCGUUCCUGCCUUUGAGAUCCUGGCGGAAGAUUGUUAAAACCUCCAACGCUUGCAUGGCUUCGACUUAAUCACUUUUUAGAUGGAAAAAUACGAGAAUUUGGGGCUCGUUGGUGAGGGCUCGUAUGGUAUGGUUAUGAAAUGUCGGCACAAGGACUCGAACCAGAUUGUGGCGAUCAAAAAAUUUAUCGAAUCCGAAGACGACAAAAUGGUCAAGAAAAUUGCGAUGAGAGAAGUCCGAAUGCUCAGGCAACUGAGGCAUGAGAAUCUUGUGAAUUUGAUUGAAGUGUUCCGUCGCAAGAAGCGCCUCUUCCUGGUGUUUGAGUUUGUAGAUCAUACAGUCUUGGAUGAUUUGGAGAGAUACCCAAAUGGGCUGGAUGAGAACACUGUGAGAAAAGUCAUGUGGCAGGUCCUACGAGCUAUAGAGUUUAUUCAUAGACACAAUAUUAUCCAUAGAGAUGUUAAACCAGAGAAUAUACUAGUUUCUAGAUCUGGAAUUGUCAAACUUUGUGACUUUGGGUUUGCAAGAACUUUGGCUUCUGGUCAAGGGGAAGCAUAUACUGACUAUGUUGCAACCAGAUGGUAUAGAGCGCCUGAACUGCUUGUAGGAGAUACCAAAUAUGGGCGGGCGGUUGAUGUGUGGGCUGUUGGAUGCUUGUUGGCGGAGAUGCUAACUGGAGAGCCACUCUUCCCUGGGGAUUCUGACAUUGAUCAGUUGUACCAUAUAAUGAGAUGUUUUGGUAACCUGAUAUCAAGACACCGAGAAAUCUUCCAGAAGAACCCAUUGUUUGUGGGUAUGAGGUUACCUGACAUCAAAGAAGUGGAGCCAAUGGAGCGACGUUUCCCACGGAUAUCUCCUAUGGCUGUGGACAUGCUUAAGUUGUGCUUGAAGAUGGACCCAUCGGAACGACCCACCUGCGCACAGCUUCUCAACCACGAUUUCUUCAAAAAAGACAAUUUCAUAGAGAAAUUCCCUAACGAACUGAAAUUAAAGAUAACCAAAGAAGCCGCUGAUAAUCCCCUGCUGAAGUCACUCAGCGGAUCAAAGCACGAUGAUGCUGAAGAGAAGGCAAGGAGGAAAGAGAAGAAAAUGAAAAAGCUACAAGAACACAAAGAAGCUCGGGAGCGAGAGGCCCAUAAAAACGAGGCAAAGAGACACAAAGAAACCUCGAACGUGGAAAAAGUGACCAAGAAACAACCUCUUCCUUCGACUAGUCAAAGCUCUUCAUCCCAGGCGCAAGAAACAACGAAAAACACAUCUCCUUCACAUCUACCCUCUACUUACAUGCAAAGCACACAGGCAUCUCAUGCGCAUACACAGGCAUCCCACGCGGCUCAUUCACAGGCCUCCCACACGCAUGCCUCACACGGCCAAGCCACAUCCAACCUUUCCACAAUGCAUGGUACCCAAGCACACACCACAGCUACAUUAACAACACAGGAAGCCGGCUCAUCUGGGCCUUCGAACGCAAGGCAGCUCUCGCCGAUUCAGAGUGCUAGUCGGAAUUCACCUACACGGCAUUCUUCGCCUGCUGAGAGUACGGCCCCGGCGCAUACUAGCUCGUCGAGUCAUUCCGUGAGCACUGGAUCUUCCACCAAAAGUAGCGCUUCGCACGCUAUCAGCUUAUCCAAGACCAAUAUAGGGUUUGGAGUCGUGGGGAGUCCUCGGCAUGAAUCGCCACCGCUUGGGCCGGCUCCUUUCAGGUCAACGCAAGACAACAAAUCUAAAAAAGGGGCGAGUAGUUACAGCAAGAAAAGCUUGGGGUCGUCCAAUCAUCUCACUUCCCAUCACAUGUACUCGAACUCUGAUAUGAACUCGUAUUACGAUCAAAGGACGUUUAGUAAUUUUGAAGUGAGCGGUCGCCAUAGCGACAUCGGCUCGUGGCAGGACCGACCAUCAUUGGAGUCCAGCUCGAGAAAGAAACGCGACAAGGACAAAGACGCGAUGAGGGAACGACUUAGGAGCGAGAACGAACUACCGCACCUACCCGAUUUAACAGGAAUAGAGGGGAAAAGCUACAAGGGAAGUAAAAUUAGUAAAAAGACUACCGUCUCCAUGAUGCCACACAUCACCAACCUCACACCAUUCCAGAACGGGCCAUCCGGACACCAGGGUUCAUCUGGUGCCGGCCACGAUUCUAACCUCCCGUCCGUCUGACACGACGACACAACCUCCGUACCUUCCUUGCGGAUGACUCAAUCGUGAUGAAGUCAUGAAUAGAUUUUCUGGAUAGUUGAGCUGUCUUUCAGUUCUACAUUAGGUUUUAGCUAUGGAGGAGUUGUUUCGCAUUAGAAAAGUCCGUUGUAAUUAGUAUAACUAGUACAAGCCUAGUAUAGGGAAGGUAGGAUGUCCUUCCUGUUAAUGUGUAUAUUUAUGCUGACGAGAAAGUCGGACGGUCCCCUGGUAACAGCGCAAUUACAAUUUCAGCUGUUGAAUAAUGUACAGUUCUAAGGUAAUAUUAUAUUAUUAUUAUUAUAUCUCACUUUAUUGAUAUCUAAAUAAAAGUAUGUGAAUAUU